ACCUGCCAAUUAAACCUCGAAGAAGAAGUCACGUGAUUUCAGAGGGUACCAAAAAAAUAAAAAUACACAAAGUGAGCUGUAAUGAAGACGAACCGAAACUCUGAAGUAACAGCGGGAUUACCAUGUGUAGCGCUCAACUCGGGCGGUGAAUGAGCGGAACACUCCGGAAGACCACCCGCCUUUUUACACCAUGAAUUUAAGAGGACUCUUUCAGGACUUCAAUCCCAGUAAGUUCCUGAUCUACUCGUGUCUGCUGCUCUUCUCCGUGCUGCUCUCCUUGAGGCUGGAUGGAGUCAUCCAGUGGAGCUACUGGGCUGUGUUCACCCCGAUAUGGCUGUGGAAGCUGCUGGUCAUCAUCGGGGCCUCUGUCGGCACUGGAGUCUGGGCCCACAACCCCCAGUACAGGGCUGAGGGGGAAACGUGCGUGGAGUUCAAAGCCAUGCUGAUCGCCGUGGGGCUCCACGUCCUGCUGCUGAUGUUCGAGGUGCUGGUGUGCGACCGCGUGGCCAGAGGGGGCCACCACUACUGGCUCCUCGUCUUCAUGCCGCUCUUCUUCGUGUCGCCCGUCUCUGUGGCGGCGUGCGUCUGGGGGUUCAGACACGACCGCUCCCUCGAGCUGGAGGUGUUGUGUUCGGUUAACAUCCUCCAGUUCAUCUUCAUCGCUCUGAGGCUGGACCGGAUCAUCCAGUGGCCAUGGCUGGUGGUGUGUGUCCCACUGUGGAUCCUGAUGUCCUUCUUGUGCCUCGUGGUUCUCUACUACAUCAUCUGGUCCGUCCUCUUCCUCCGCUCCAUUGACAUCAUCGCCGAGCAACGGCGGACUCACAUCACCAUGGCGAUCAGCUGGAUGACCAUCGUCGUGCCCCUCCUCACCUUUGAGAUCCUUCUGGUGCACAAGCUGGACGGCCACAACAGCCUGAGCUACGUGUGCGUGUUCGUCCCGCUGUGGCUCUCCCUGCUCACGCUCAUGGCCACCACGUUUGGCCAGAAGGGCGGGAACCACUGGUGGUUCGGCAUCCGUAAGGACUUCUGCCACUUCCUGUUGGAGCUCCUCCCCUUCCUGCGAGAGUACGGCAACGUGUCGUACGACCUCCAGCGCAGCGAGGACCCCGAGGCGGUCGAAGACGCGCCCGAGCCGCCGCCGAAGAUCGCCCCCAUGUUCCACAAGAAGACCGGCGUGGUGAUCACACAGAGCCCCGGGAAAUACUUUGUACCGCCCCCCAAACUGUGCAUCGACAUGCCCGACUAGGCUGUGCACCCUCGUGGGCCACGGGGGGGGGGGGGGG